AAGGCACCUAGUCCACUUGUAAGGCACCGACAUCCAUCGAUCGAUCACCUUGGCUGCAUAUCUGCAUAAGUCUACAAACACUCCUUCACACACUCUCUACACCAUCCAACAGAAAAUAGCGCGCCAUGGCAAGCCUACAAGAGGAAGGAUUGCAGGUUCGAAUCUUCCCGAGGCGAAAGGCCUUCCAAGACUCCAAGCCCUACAAGGGCAAGGCUCUCAUGGUCGACAUCUCCACCCUCCAGCCGCUCUUCGGACUCCCGCAGGAGGAGGCCAGCAAGCUCCUGGGGAUCUCGGUGACGGCGAUGAAGCAGCUUUGCAGGAAGCUGGGGGUAGGGCGGUGGCCAUACCAGAAGCCUUCGCACAAAGAGAUGGUCAACAUCAAGACUGAUAAAACGAGCGAACCUCUUGAAGAUGUUAGCGAGAUCUGCAGCUUCUCAUCGGAGGAAGUGGAUGUCUUACCGCUCCCUACAGACGCCCUGAUCUUUGAAUUGCAGCCCAGCAUCAGCACUCAACCUGGCUGGGACAGCGAGGAAGCAACCGAGUCAGGAAGCGAGUUCCUAAACGUUAGUAGCGAGAUAGAGAAUG